AUGUCUACAACUCAGGCCGAAGCAGAAGUAGGCCAGGCCACCUUUCCCGUCGCGCCUGAAGCUGGACUUUCCAUGGGCAAUGUUUUCAAAGGCAACGCUGCGCAUUCACUUACAACUUUCGAGAAAAAGGCGGCCUUGAUCAAUGCUGAGCUCGACAAAUUUGGCAUGGGCAGAUACCAAUGGUGCAUUUGGUUCUUGUGCGGUUUCGGCUACUUCUUGGAUCUGGCUUGGUCGCAAGGCGUUGGUCUUGUCGCCUCGGCCAUCUAUCAGGAGAUGGGUGUGCCCGAUGCUAGACAGGGAGAUAUAUACUCUUGCGCCAAUGCUGGUCUGGCCAUUGGAGCUUUCACUUUCGGUAUCUUGGUUGAUGUUAUUGGUCGUCGCUGGGCUUUCAAUCUCACCUGUCUGAUCACUUCUGUAUUUGGUCUUUUACUGGCUGCCCCAAAGAACAACUAUGGCGCAAUCUGCGCCAUCUACUUCCUUGCUUCUCUCGGUCUCGGCGGAAACAUUCCCAUCGAUGCCACUAUCGCUCUUGAGUUUCUGCCUCAGAAUCGCCGCUUUUUGGUCGCUCUUCUUUCGCUCUGGCAGCCUAUUGGUGUCGUAAUCGCGUCAGUCAUCGCGUAUGGCACUGCAGCGAGACCCAAAUGGCGUUGUGAUAUCGAUCUACCCGCCUGCAGUACCGGCCAAAGACCCUGCUGCACCGUGUCCAGCAACAUGGGCUGGAGAUACACGCUCAUCAUCCUUGGAGGUAUGACUUUGGUCGUCUUCUUCUUGCGCUACUUUGUCUUUACCUUCCGCGAAUCGCCCAAGUUUCUGGUCAGCAGAGGCAGAGAGGCAGAGGCUAUCGAAGUUUUGCACAAGAUUGCCAAAUUCAACAAGGCCCCUCCACCGGUUUUGACUGUUGCUCAUCUUGCCGCCGUUGAUGCAAUGGCGACAACUUCGCACGACGAGCUCGCAGCCUCCGGUCAACCCCUCAGCACAGCGCAGACUUUCAAGCGCGUCCUCCACAAUACUGCGAACAGCUUCAAACAUCUCAAAGCUCUCUUUACCAACAAGCUGCAGAUGUUCAUUUUCGUUCUUCUAGCAAUCGCCUACAUGGGUGAUUACUGGUCUUUCAACCUGGCUGGCCAAUUCUUGCCUCUGAUUCUUCUCCGCAACGAAGUCACUACGUCUGGUUCUGUCACUACGACCUACGUCCAUUACAUUGCCAUCUAUACCCCUGGUAUUCUCGGUGCCAUCAUUGCCAUGCUGUCUGUUCAACUUCCUCUUGUUGGCAGAAAGUGGUCGCUGGUCUUUUCUGCCAUCUGUCAAGGUCUUGCUAUGGCCAUGUAUACCCAGGUCGCCACCACCGCUGGCUACGUUGGUCUCAAUGCUUUCGAAUAUAUUAUGCAGACUUACUUCAACGCCGUUCUCUACGCUUCGGCUCCUGAGCUUUUCGACACGGCAUACCGUGGCAGUGCCAGUGGUAUGCUUUCUUGCCUAGGUCGUAUCGCCGGUGUGGUUGCGCCUUUCGCCGGAGCAAGUCUGCUUGCAGAUCAGAGUUCCGGCAUUCUAUGGCUCGGAGCUGGUGGUAUCUGGAUUUCUGCUCUCAUGAUGGUCUUCCUUCCUGUUGAGAUGAGAGACAGACAGAUGUUCUAG